GGGAAUGCGGGUUUGGGUGUGGGGAGCGGGGCCCCGGGGCGGGAGGUGCCCGUGAGGUCCCCGGGAAAGCCGGGCUCCCUGGGUGGGCGGUGGCCGUGCUUCCUGAGCGCACGGAGAGCGGGGUGUAGCGCAGCGGGGGGUGACGCGGCCGUGCAGAAGCGUUACCCGGCGGGAGAGGCGCUGGGCGGAGAGCUGCGGUGGGAGCACCUCGCGGGGCUGCUGCUGCUGCUGGGAUGGUGCCCCCAUUUCCAUCUUCACGUGGAGAAGUGCUGGUUUAUAUAAGCCUGCCUCUGUCUGAUGUGCCAGCCUGCACCAUGACCUUCGCCCGCGUACCUCAGCGGUUUGGCCGUGACUCUGGUUAAUAUACAAGGAUUGGUAGAUUCCUGAAUAAGCCAGAGAGUCACCUGAGCUGCAGAGAUGUUGGAAGAAGACAUGGAGGUGGCCAUCAAGGUGGUAGUGGUAGGAAAUGGAGCUGUUGGGAAGUCCAGUAUGAUUCAGCGAUACUGCAAGGGGAUUUUUACAAAAGACUACAAGAAAACUAUCGGUGUAGAUUUCCUGGAAAGACAAAUCCAAGUUAAUGAUGAAGAUGUCAGGCUAAUGUUGUGGGACACUGCAGGUCAAGAAGAAUUUGAUGCAAUAACUAAGGCCUACUACAGAGGAGCCCAGGCUUGUGUUCUUGUGUUUUCUACAACUGACAGAGAGUCCUUCAAAGCAAUCCCUACCUGGAAGGAAAAAGUGAUGACUGAAGUUGGAGACAUUCCCACAGUUCUUGUGCAGAAUAAGAUUGAUCUUCUGGAUGACUCUUGUAUAAAGAAUGAAGAGGCAGAAGCACUGGCAAAAAAGCUGAAGUUAAGGUUCUACCGAGCAUCUGUGAAGGAAGACCUCAACGUAACUGAAGUUUUUAAGUAUUUGGCUGAUAAAUAUCUUCAGAGGCUCAAGCAGCAAACAGCUGAAGAACCAGAACUAGUACAUACAAGCAGUAACAAGAUUGGUGUUUUCAAUACAGCCGUUGGAAGUCACCCCAACCAGAAUUCUAACACUCUUAACGGUGGAGAUGUCAUCAACCUUAGACCAAACAAACAGAGAACCAAGAAAAGCAGAAGUCUUUUUAGCAACUGCAGCAUACCUUAGACUACUUUUGGAGGAGAAAGAAAAGAGUAACCGUGAAUUGGAUGAAGCUGUGCAAUUGAAUCCAGAGUAAAGCUUUAGAGGUAUUUUACCAGUGCUUUAGCAAAUCUUGUGCCUAUGGGAUCCUUGCUUGGUGGAUUUAUCUCAAAUUGCUGAUGCGGUGUUUUUCGGUGUGUAGAGUGAGACGCCUGGUGGCAAAACACAGAACCGUGGCUGCCCUGUGCACUACUUAAAAAUUGUUAAGCAAACUUCUCCAUUUUGAAGGAAUUAUUUAUAGAGCUAUGGACUAGGUUUUGCAGAAUUGUGAAGCACAUUUAACGUAAAGAUAAUACACAAACAUAGGUACAGACCAUAAUGUUAUGGCCCAAAAUAAAGUCGCAACCUCGCAACUAAAUUUCAAGGGGAAUGUUAGCAUUGGUUAGCCAAGACACUAAGAAGCUAACAGAAAAGCAAAGUGAAGGCAUCACAUUUUAUGCCUUUCUCUGCUAGCGUGGAUUCUGGCUGUUCUGUCAGUGCAAUAUACUCAUGUUAUAUAUAUGUUCCUGGAGGUAUGUAUGUAAAUGUUUGGAAUGAAUACUUUUGCUAAAUUCUGGUGUAUUCAAUACGUGGAGAUCAGCUAAUGUUUAUGAAACAGCAUCUUCUAAAGAAUUUUUCCUUUAAAAAUGUCACAUUUCAGAUGAGGCUUUCCCAGCUGCUGCUGUGUGUGUUGAACUUGCUAUACUUGGGCCUAAAUGCUUAGAUUUAAAAAUGGCUGGUGCCAAAAAUGCUCCUUCUUUUUACCUAAUGCUGCAUUGCAGAUGUUUUUGUAAGUUCGUUUUUCCUCAGUCUUAACAGGGUGACCAAAUAAGUCUUUGACACUAAUAGAUGUCCAGAUGGAACAUACAAUCAUAUUCCUGUCUGAGUUUGAUUGCUGUAUCCUGUGUUAUCCAUGCAAAAGGAACUUGCAAGGUGUCGCAAAAUACUUCUCUUCUUUGGAGAAAUUUUUCAUAGGUCCUGCAAACCAGGUUACGGAGGAUCCAAAACACGCAGCUAAUAACUGAUUUCCAUUAAUGAGACAUUCCUUAGCACUGUUGCUGCUAGUUACAGAAAAUCUAAUUCUGCAAGAUCGGAGACAUGGCAAAAAAACUUUUCAAAGUACCUAAGUAAUUUUACAGAACUGAUUUAGACAUUUAGGAGCCCAAAUCUAAAUUAAAGAUAUUUGGGUUUAGGUUCCUAAAUCACUACGGUGCUUUUAAAAAUGCUAAGCAAGAUAUCUCUUAUUUACCAAAAAUAAACACUUUUUAAUCCUCUACGAGAGCAUGCAUGCCUUUUAGAAAUACCCAUUUUGUUUACAUGGUUUUGUAUUGUAUUAUAUAAUUUUAACUUUCUAGGAUUUCUAUAUCAAACCUGCCGGUGACAAAUGCAAAAUAUGCUGCUUGAAAAAAUUGAGAAUUUUAAUAGUUUUUUAAACAGUGUAUGAGAGUGAGAAUGACUCGACUGAUCCUGUAUAUUUUUGGAGGAAGGACUUUUCACUGUGUGAAUUCAUAUAGGAAGCUUGACUUAUUUUAUUUCUAAGUCAAUGAGUAUGAGAACUGCGAUGUACUCUUGUCCCACUGUCUGCAGGGAAAGAAGUGGCUGGCAAGUUAUGCACAAACACUAUAGAUCUCUGAACUCUGUAUUUGAUGUUUACUCUACUAGACUUUCUACCGAGUACCCUUGUGUCUCUGGCAAGCUGCCACGGCGUCUCCAGUUGCUGGCAAGAAGGCGCUCGGUACCCUUUGCUGUUGCAGCAAGACUGUGUUCUUCACCGUAACGUUUCCUAUAUUCUCUCUUGGAUAGAUGCCUUUAUUUUUAACAAGUGCAUUUAAUCACUGUACGUAUGUAUAAAGGGAGUCAAGUCCUACUUGUCCUAACAGUUUAAGAAGUAAGGUACUUAAGAUAUGGUAACAAAAAGACCUAUGAUUGUACACAAUGGGGCCGUCUUACAACUUUAGGAUGUAGGGUAGAAGGUGUGCAUUAAGAAUUUUGACAGCUGUUUUUAAUAUGGAAACUUUUACAUUUCAUUGUCUGUUUGAUAGUUUAAUCUUUAUAUUUCUUUUUCCUGAAGAAGCAUACGAACUCACAAAGUGUCUGAAGCAUUUUUCUUGCCUCAUUUGACUCUGUACAGAGUGCUGAAAAAUCUUUGUUAUACAUAAUGACCAUUUGUACUAUGACGUAUUAUUCAUCAGACAUUGUACUAUUACAUAAGCCAUUUGUAUUGAAGGUCCUUUGCUAUAAACUACUAUUUUAAGGAGUGAAAACUCGAUGGAAAUUUUCAUAGAUGAGACUUGCUAAAUUUAGGAUACACUGAAAUUUAGUACAUGCAUGCUUUAAUCUGGGAAUAUCUAUUUGAAGUAUUGGGCAACACUGGAUUUUAAUUUCACUCCCAUCAUGAAGCUUAAGUGGCUCAUUCUUUGAUGUGAUUUGCUGCGCUUAAUUUCCAGUAUGACUGAGGUGGAGACUGUCCAAAUUAGCGUUUUUUCUGGAUAGUACUCUGCAUAUACAGUGCUUCAAAAUGUACUUCUUAUCCCCGCUGUUUCAGUGUACAGAUGUGAACCAGAUGCCUUGCAUAUGGCAGGUAUCCUUAGGCAUCCAUGUCACUGCUCAGCGGGAGUAACGCUUGAUUUCUGGAUGAGGAGACAUGCCUACGCCUCCAGCAUUCAUGUUGUCACGUGUGAAUAAUUUUGGUUCUGAGCAUUGCCCCCUUCUCCACUCAGUGUUGUCAUUAGAACCCCAUCUUGUAGUCACCCUUCUGUGCCACCGAGGUGGAAGAGAACAUAAUCCUCUGUGACACUCGCAGUAGGCCAGUGUUCUGUGCUCUGUGCACACGUGUGCCUAUCACAAGGCACAAAGUUUUGUUCUGAGACCCUGAGCUGAUUGCGCUCCUGUUGUAUCCCUUAACAUCUCUUGAGUAGCUCAUUGGAUAUUAUAUUUAGCUCAUGCCACAGUUCUUUACUUUUAGCUGAUAAAGCUACCCCAGUAGAAAACUUCAGUGAAGUAAGCAUUCACUAAAGGGCCCGACAUUAAUGCAUUUGCUGCUCCCAUAUUGUAUCCAUUCAGUGAAUGGGUGUUCUCCCGGGACGUGGGGCACCGUUGGGUGCCCAGUAGCAGGGCUAGGAAUGUAUUUCCAGCUGCAAAUAAUACAUCUCAGAGUUGUAAGAUUGGUCACACUACGAUUUUGGGGCUUGUGUGUGUGGCUGACUUCAAAAGAAAAUGAAAUAUUCCACUUCAGACAAUUCUGGAGUUUUUUAUUUUCAGCCUUUCUUAAGGCGACACUUACCCUCUUUGAUCAAAAUGUCUCCAAAUUACUGUCAGUCUAAUUUCCUGAUUAAUUUUUUUAUACUUUGAUAAAAUUGGUCUCUUUAUUUUUUUCAUUAUUGGCCACGUGUGACAUUUUUCUUUGCAUCACUUCUGUAGAUGUAGAUGUACAUUAUACUGAAGGGAAUUGAGUGGCUGAACACAUUGUAUGGCUUUGAGGUUGCAGCUGGGUAUGCACGCAAUACCCAGUGAACAUGCUGAUAGCUACCAGUUAAUCAGUAACAGAAAUAAUUACUUGCACUGCUGGACCCUCUUGCAGGAAUUCAGUCAUAUAUCAAAUGAACAAACUUGCUUCUUGUACGGAAGUCCCUAAAUCUAAUCACAAGCCUCUGGCUAAGGCUGUAGUUCCUGAACUCAUACUGUACGUAAAACAGAGAGCAAGAGCGGUCCAAGAAGCUUGACUUCAUCCAAACCACCAUACCUGUGACAGGAAGUAACCGCUGUGCGUAUCUUUUAUGCUCAAGUACUAUCUGACUGAAGAAAAUACUUCUGUUAAAUGCAGCAUCCUAAAAGGUAAUCAAAAUCAUGAAAGAAAAAAAGCAGGAAGUACCAAGAUGAAAAGUGCUAUGGUAAAAUAAGAGAAACUCUCAGCUCUGUGCCGAGUCCCCCCCCAGGCAGGCGAGCCCUUGUGCUAACCUUGUUCUCAGGUUUCUGGUAGGAGGGUGGCACUGAUCAGUAAUUUGUGGAGUGAGUGGUUUGUCCUCUCCUGAUGCAGGCGUGGCUCAGCAGAACUGGCUGAAGUUGCUCAAAAAAAACCCAGAGACCUGGACCAGGAGAAAUGCCGUUCGCAUUGCAAAGAUAAGGACACAUUGCUACUAAUACAUGACCCAGUCUUACUGGCAAGUUCACGUGAUCUAAAUGGUUAAAGCAGAUAUGUACGUAACUGUUUAUCGCCUUCACAAACUCAAGUAAAUGUAUUAUAUUUGUAGAAGAAAGUCAACAUAUCUCACAGUAAAUUCUCAAGUGGUAAAAUAAAUGUUUAAAAAUGCA